UAGCCUCGCCCGGGACGUCGCUGUCCUCAGCUUGUUCAGGAGCGCGCGCCUCUGUGCCUGCAGCCCCUUUCCCUCGGUUCUGUCCUGCUGCUAGCCACUGCCCUCUUGCAGCCCACCAUGGCCCUGCUGCACUCCGGCCGCGUCCUCUCCGGACUGGCCACCGCUUUCCACCCGGGCCUUGCCGCCGUAGCCUCUGCCAGAGCCAGCUCCUGGUGGGCGCAUGUGGAAAUGGGACCCCCAGAUCCUAUCCUGGGAGUCACUGAAGCCUACAAGAGAGACACCAACAGUAAAAAGAUGAACCUGGGAGUUGGUGCCUACCGGGAUGAUAAUGGAAAGCCUUACGUGCUCCCUAGCGUCCGGAAGGCAGAGGCUCAGAUUGCUGCAAAAAAUUUGGACAAGGAGUACCUGCCCAUUGGGGGACUGGCUGAAUUUUGUAAGGCAUCUGCAGAGCUGGCCCUGGGCGAAAACAGCGAGGUGUUGAAGAGUGGCCGGUUUGUCACUGUGCAGACCAUUUCUGGAACUGGGGCCUUAAGAAUCGGAGCCAGUUUUCUGCAAAGAUUUUUUAAGUUCAGCCGAGAUGUGUAUCUCCCCAAACCAUCCUGGGGAAAUCACACUCCCAUCUUCAGGGAUGCUGGCAUGCAGCUACAAAGUUACCGAUACUACGACCCCAAGACUUGUGGUUUUGACUUCACAGGCGCCAUAGAGGACAUCUCAAAAAUUCCAGAGCAGAGUGUCCUCCUCCUGCAUGCCUGUGCUCACAACCCCACGGGAGUGGACCCUCGUCCUGAGCAGUGGAAGGAAAUGGCAACAGUGGUAAAGAAAAAGAAUCUCUUUGCAUUCUUUGACAUGGCCUAUCAAGGAUUCGCCAGCGGUGAUGGUAACAAGGAUGCCUGGGCUGUGCGUCACUUCAUUGACCAGGGCAUUAAUGUUUGUCUGUGCCAGUCAUACGCCAAAAAUAUGGGCUUAUACGGUGAGCGUGUGGGAGCUUUCACUGUGAUCUGCAAAGAUGCAGAGGAAGCCAAAAGGGUGGAGUCCCAAUUGAAGAUCUUGAUCCGUCCCAUGUAUUCCAACCCUCCUCUCAAUGGAGCCCGGAUUGCCUCUACCAUUCUGACAUCCCCAGAUUUACGAAAGCAAUGGUUGGAAGAAGUGAAAGGCAUGGCAGACCGUAUUAUUAGCAUGCGCACUCAGCUGGUCUCCAACCUCAAGAAGGAGGGCUCCUCCCAUAACUGGCAACACAUCACCGACCAGAUCGGCAUGUUUUGUUUCACAGGCUUAAAGCCUGAGCAGGUGGAGCGGCUGACCAAGGAGUUCUCCAUCUAUAUGACAAAGGAUGGCCGCAUCUCUGUGGCAGGGGUCACCUCCGCCAAUGUGGGCUACCUUGCCCAAGCCAUUCACCAGGUCACCAAGUAAUUUCCCAGGUGCGAAGGAACAGAGAUAACCUUCCCGUCUUCAGCCUCUGCUGCUGUGAGACUCACAUGCAGGAUGAGGGGGUGAAUGGUGGUGAAUGGAUCAUUUCUUUCAACCCGUGCAUAGUACUCAACGAUUGAAUGAGUUCCUCAGAAAAGAACAUGUAGUGAGCUGAAAUAGGGCAGAGGCAUGGUGACUGGUGUCUGGAACUUUGUGACUCUAAACCAAAUUCCCCCAUCCUUUAUUCUCCAACUUUUCUGAAAGAGUUUACAUGUGCAAAAAAGUCACAGCACCAAAAAAACUGUCAGUCAUGACACUGCAAUAUUUCAGAAGCUUUAACUGAAACAUCAUACGGUGUUAGGGAUUCCUCUGUGGAUCCAGCUGAGACCUCGCUUCUAUUAGAGGCUGCAAGAGAAGACCUAGUUGUCAUUAACUUAAGUCAUCCUCAUGUUUGUCCUCCCAAGGUGGAGCAACCUCAUCAACAGACCACGUUACAGAAAUUGUGCUUUACAAAAACCAAUGAGUCUGUUGCCACUGCAGCAAGGAAAACAUAGAGGCUACUUACUAUCUUAUUUAAGGGAAAGAAGGCUCUUCUUAAUCAUUGCUGUUCUUUUCUUUAGGGGCAAAAAUCAAUGACUAGCCUAGAUUUUCAUCCCAUUCCACUGCUUGACUUAUCGUCAAUCCCAUCCUAUGAGAAUUUAUUUAAGAAUGAAGAACAUAAUUUUCACCAUACCCUCUCCUUUCUUGGCAAAGAGUAAUACAGAGUAGGUAACUGCACUUUAGUUAAGCAUCCUCUUUGAUCAUUGGGUAAUUGUCUGCCCGGCUGGACCUCUUCCUUCCUUCAGUCUGGCUGUGCAGCCUCUCAUCUUGCAUCAUGAGUCAGACAGUACAGGCUAGGACCAGAAAGGAGAUGCCCUGGGUUUGUGUGCUGCCAGCCAGGUUCAGACUCCAUCCUUUGGAAAGAUAACCACCAUCUGCUCUACUCAUAUCGACUUAACUGCAGCCUGGUUUCUCUGUUACAAUAAAAAUACCAUAGACCUAACCACUGUCUACUUUUUUUCUUUAAUCAGAAGAAUGGGUAGGAGUGGCUUUUUUCCCAAAGUCUAGAAUCAUGUC